CGCGAGCUGCGGCGGGCUCUGUGGCAGCGGAGCCGGAUGCGCCCUCGGCUGCCGGGAGGAGGCGGCGCAGUCGCCAGAGGGCGCCGCAUGCCCGCGCGGGCAGCGGGGCGUGGCGCGGCGCGGCCCAGCAUGCAGCGCGGCGCCGUUUGAAUGGCGCAGGCUGUGGGUGCUGGGUCGCGGUGGUAGUAGUGUUUUGUGGCUUCUUCUCCCACUUGGCGUGGGCCCGCCCGGUACGAUGAGCAACGGGGAUUUGAGAGAUUAUGGCAUCUGAAGCCCACAAUGUUAGAAAACAGAAAGUAUUGCAUAUUGAAGGUCAUCACAUUGAUCUCCCCAGGAAAAGAAUCUCUUCUUCCACUAAAAAGAUCAUGAAGGAGGGCAAGAAAUCUCCAAAACAGCUGGCUUCAUACACAAACAGAGUAACAGUUGGAAAAACGGUGGCAAGUCCCCUCUCUCUUUUCAAAGUAGUUUAUUGUAAAAGAAAAGUUCAUUGCUAUACUCCAAAGCCUUGUUACAGAAAGAAACAGCACCCUAAAUCUAGGGACUGUGACAUGGCAAAUAAAGAAAAUGAACUGGCUUGUGCAGGCAAUCUGCUAGCAAAAGUGCACAAUAGUCGUACGUGCUUCCUGAAUUCUAGCGACUCUGGCUCAUCUCAAACAGAAGGCCCCUCAUCCAAGUACAGUGGAUUUUUUUCAGAGGUUUCUCAGGACCAUGAAACUAUGACUCAAGUUCUUUUCAGCAGGAAUCUGAGGCUGAAUGUAGCUUUAACCUUUUGGAGAAGAAGGAGUAUAAAUGAACUGGUCACCUACUUAGUGAGGAUACAGGAUCUUGGAGUAGUAGUAGACUGCCUUCCUGUGCUUACAAAGAGUUUACAGGAAGAAAAACCAUUUAUUUCAGUUGGCUGCUGUGUAGAUCUUUUGCCUUUAGUGAAAUCUCUGCUUAAAAGCAAAUAUGAAGAAUAUGUGAUAGUUGGUUUAAACUGGCUUCAGGCUGUCAUUAAAAGAUGGUGGUCAGAACUGUCUGCACAUACCGAAAAGGCAGAGGAUGGAAACAUUCAUAUUUUAAAACAAGAAUUGAGUGGUUUAUGGGAACAGCAGAAUCAUCUGACACUGGUUCCAGGAUAUACUGGUAACGUAGCUAAGGAUAUAAAUGCUUAUUUAUUACAGCUGCACUGACAUGAUUGGGAAACUGGGCUUACGUGAAAUGUGUACUAUGAAAGCCUUUUGAGAAAUACUGGCGGAAGAGAACUGAACUGUCAAGCUGUUUAAUAAAACCACUAACAUCAUAACCAUCUACUUCACAUUGAAGUGGAAAAAUGUCUAGUAGGAGCAACUUUUACUUCAGUGAGGUGAAAGUGCACUAUGAAAACUGUAUGCCUUUGCUGCAUUUGGGAUUCACUUAGUUACUAGGUAUUCAUUGAAAUGCUACUGUAUUUUACUACAAUAUCCCACAAAAGAUGAAUUAUCCUGUUAUGAAGCCAAGACAGCUGAACCAGUUACAAGGAACCAACAAAAGCAAUCAGCAUUAAGAGUUUUAAAAUCUGUCUUUUACAAGAGAACUCCAAAAUGCACAACUAUCUUCCAGUUACAUUUAAAAAAAAACCACAAAAAACUUCAGAAUAUUCAAUUACUUCUAUGUUUUAAUCAAAUUAUUAAAGACAGUUUUUGUUUGCACUAUUGAGAAAAACUACACAGCAAAGAUGCCUUAAUUACUAGUGUUUCAAAAAGCCAAUGUGUUAAGAUGCAGAUAGCUAUUAUGUUCAGAUUGUGAUGAAAAACUACAAAAAUCAGGGUUUCACAUUGUGUAGUUAAUGAAACAUUGCACAUAUACAAAGAUUAAUGUAUGAAAAAUAUUAUAAAUACCUGAAGUUAAGCUCGGAUAAACAGUUGCAAGUGUCAGCAGAAUGGUGACUUUGUCUAACAAAUGUUUUUAUAUUGUAUGUGAAUUUCUAACAUGGUAAUCUUGUUCUGUAUCAUUUAAAGUACAUGCAAAUAAGUAAAUAUAUUAAAUGUAUCUACUGUUUUUUUCUUUUCAAGUUCAUAAAACAA